CUUAGAUACCCUCUGAGCCUUCCGUCAAGGAAUCUCCAGCCUCAGCACCAUGAAGCAAAGCACUGUUCUUAUUUUCUGCCUUAUCCUCCUGACUCUGAGUGGGACUCAAGGAGUCCCUCUGUCUCGAGCAGUACGUUGCAUCUGCAUCGAAAUCAGCUCUCGACCAUUUAAUCCAAAGGCCUUAGAAAAACUUGAAAUUAUUCGUCCAAGUCAAUCUUGUCCACGGGUUGAGAUCAUUGCCCAAAUGAAAAAGAGUAAAGAAAAGAGAUGUCUGAAUCCAGAAUCUGAGACCAUCAAGAAGUUAUUGAAAGCAGUCAGCAAAAAAAGGUCUAAAAGAACUCCUUAAAACCAGAGAGAAGUAAAUCACUGCAGUGCUAAGAAGGAUGGACCACAGAGGCUGCCCCUCUCCAUCACUUCCCUAUACAGAGUGUAUAUCAAACCCUAUUGUCCUUGGAUUGCAGUUCUCCUGAAAAGUGACCAACCACGGUCACCACCGUUAGCUGCUACUAUGCCUGCAGGCUAGUGGGUGGUUCAUCAACCUGAGAUAACAGUAUCUCCAGUAACAGAGUUCUAACUCUAUUACUAAGAGCUAGCCCCAGAACUAGCUCAGAUAGUGGAUGAUAACUCUCCCUGGCACUAAACUGUAAGCUAUGCUGAGGUGCUACAUUCUUAGCCAAGUCUCAGUCCUGCUCCUGACACUCUCUCCUCACCUUCCUGUCUUUUCACUUUUGAGUUGACCGCAGUUCUUUUAAUUUCAAAUGCAGUCAAAGUAAUAGUACCUUCUGUUCUUCUAAGAACAAUCUCUAUUUCAUGAGCUUCCAUGAAAUAUCAUGCCCUCUUCCCAAGGGAUGAUAGUUAUGAUUCUAAACACCUACAGGAAACUGAAAGUAUCUGGAAGUGUGUGUAUAAAUGUUAUUUAAGGAAAGACUGGACAAAGAAUUCCUGGAUGUUUUUAUAUUAUUUUUGUUGUAUGUGGAAUAAUUUUUGCAAUUAAGUACAUGUCAAUGAAUAACUGGAGAAGUUUUUAUAUACAGAUGUUUUGAAUGUUACAUAAGACAAAUAUGUUGGGUGAUUUUCAACGUAAAAGUGACGUGCUGUGCUAAAAAUAUUAAAACAAUUGAGACCCAAAAGACAAUAAAGCAAU